CCGCGGCCCCGGCAUCAUGAACGCCAGCGGCCCGGGCUACCCGCUCGCCUCGCUCUACGUGGGCGACCUGCACCCCGACGUGACCGAGGCCAUGCUCUACGAGAAGUUCUCGCCCGCCGGCCCCAUCCUGUCCAUCCGCGUGUGCCGCGACGUGGCCACCCGCCGCUCGCUGGGCUACGCCUACAUCAACUUCCAGCAGCCGGCCGACGCGGAGCGGGCACUGGACACAAUGAACUUUGAGGUGAUCAAAGGCCAGCCCAUCCGCAUCAUGUGGUCCCAGCGAGACCCCGGACUUCGCAAGUCAGGUGUGGGCAACAUCUUCAUCAAGAACCUGGAGGACUCCAUUGACAACAAGGCCUUAUAUGACACCUUCUCCACCUUUGGGAACAUCCUCUCUUGCAAGGUGGUGUGUGACGAUCACGGCUCCCGAGGCUUUGGCUUUGUCCAUUUUGAGACCCGUGAGGCCGCACAGCAGGCCAUCAGCACCAUGAACGGGAUGCUACUGAAUGACCGCAAAGUCUUCGUUGGCCACUUCAAGUCCCGACGGGAGCGGGAGGCGGAGCUGGGGGCCCGGGCCAUGGAGUUCACCAACAUCUAUGUGAAGAACCUCCAGGUGGACGUGGACGAGCGGGGCCUGCAGGAUCUCUUCUCCCAGUUUGGGAAGAUGCUGAGUGUGAAGGUGAUGAGGGAUGACAGCGGCCACUCCCGGGGCUUUGGCUUUGUCAACUUUGAGAAGCAUGAGGAAGCCCAGAAGGCUGUGAUGGACAUGAAUGGGAAGGAGGUGAGCGGGCGGCUGCUCUAUGUGGGCCGGGCCCAGAAGCGCAUGGAGCGGCAGAGCGAGCUGAAGCGCAGGUUCGAGCAGGUGAAGCAGGACCGGCUGAACCGCCACCAGGGUGUGAACCUGUAUGUGAAGAACCUGGAUGACUCCAUCGAUGAUGAGAAAUUGAGGAAAGAGUUCUCUCCCUUUGGAGUGAUUACCAGUGCCAAGGUGAUGACAGAGGGUGGCCACAGCAAGGGGUUUGGCUUUGUGUGUUUUUCCUCUCCAGAAGAGGCGACGAAGGCUGUGACAGAGAUGAACGGGCGCAUCAUUGGCACCAAGCCGCUGUACGUGGCGCUGGCCCAGCGUAAAGAGGAGCGGAAGGCCAUCCUGACCAACCAGUACAUGCAGCGCCUCUCCACCGUGCGGGCCCUGGGCGGCCCGCUCCUGGGCUCCUUCCAGCAGCCCACCAGCUACUUCCUGCCCGCCGUGCCCCAGCCUCCAGCCCAGGCUGAGCCCUAUGGCUCAGGCCCAUCCAUGCAGCCUGCUCCCAGGUGGACGGCCCAGCCGCCCAGACCCUCAUCCGCCUACCCUCCAGCUGCCUCAGUGGUCCGGCCACCAGCCACGUCUCGGCGCCCCCUGGCCCAGGUCAGCAGUGUCAGGCAGGUCUCCAGCCAGGUGCCGUGCCUCGUGCCCCAUACCCAGAGAGUGGCCAACAUUGGUACCCAGACUCCAGGACCCGAUGGGGCAGGAUGCUCUACACCAGGCAGGCCUCUCCUGACACACGGAUAUUCCUUGGCAACGCCCAACACGCAUCGGGUCCAGGAGCCUGCUGUGCGCAUCCUGGGACAGGAGCCCCUGACUGCCUCCGUGCUGGCCGCAGCACCACUGCACCAGCAAAAGCAGAUGAUUGGUGAGCGUCUCUACCCCCUUAUCUACGAUGUCCACACCCAGCUGGCUGGCAAGAUCACGGGCAUGCUGCUAGAGAUCGACAACUCGGAGCUGCUCCUCAUGCUGGAGUCUCCAGAGUCCCUCAAUGCCAAGGUAGAAGAGGCUUUGGCAGUGUUGCAGGCACACCAGGCCACGGAGCAGACGACAGUGAAUGUGCACUGAAGCCAGAAAAUAGCAUCCUCACGCCCUUGGCUGACGAGAGAACAGCGUUCCUGCUCUUGGCUCAAAGGCCCUGUGAACCCUAACUUAUUUCCCAGUUGGGCUGCAUCUUUCCUUGAGCUCUGUAUGUGGAAUGAGGGCUGGUCACCCAGCCAGCCUGUUACCUUUUGCUUUGUGCAUUAAAAGUGCUGCAAACUGUGGCUUGUCUCCCAGGAGGCCUUCUUGUGUCUGAGGGAGGUGGGGCAGCGCAGAGGAUAGAUUUGACUGGGUUGGAGCUUUGGCUCUGAGGAACAGAAACUCAAACGUGUGCUGAAGUACAGAGGGUGUAUGCGCCAGCACAGAGCGCCAGGGACUGAGCAGGACUAUCUGUAAUGGCCCCAAAGUGGCACUACCACCCACCAGCGGUGCAGUGCAUGACGAAAGGGCUGUCAUCACACAGCCCUGAGAAAACCAACUAAAGCUACAGGGGCCUACAUCCGGAUGCCAACUUGAGCACCUGGAGGGCAGGUAAACGCCCCGAAAGCAGCAACUGCUUCUGGGCUCCAGGGUGACUGAGGGGCUGUGUAACAAAAUUAAAGAACCCUGGUAGAGGGCCAGCCCCGUGGCUUAGCAGUUAAGUGCGCGCACUCCACACUGGCGGCCCGGGUUCGGAUCCCGGGCGCACACUGACACACCUCUUCUCCAGCCAUGCUGAGGCCGUGUCCCACAUACAGCAACUAGAAGGAUGUGCAGCUAUGACAUACAACUAUCUACUGGGGCUUUGGGGGAAAAAAAAAAUGAGGAUUUGCAAUAGAUGUUAGCUCAGAGCUGGUCUUCCUCAGCAAAAAGAGGAUUAGCAUGGAUGUUAGCUCAGGGCUGAUCUUCCUCACAAAAAAUAAAGAACCCUGGUAGAAAUGCUUUAGGUCAUGGUUUUCCUGCCCUGCAGGGAGGAAAAACCUCUUCACGUUAUAUGCUGGUCUCACCUUCUAUGUUUUCAUUAGUAAAUCAAGAUACUUGCCUUCUAGACCUCGAAGAGAAAGUCAGUCGGUUGUGACUGGCUGUCACCAUGAAACCUGCCUCAAAGGCGGCAAGAAUCAAGCCUGCUUAGGAGGCAGCAAUGAAAGGGGCACAGCUCCCUGCUUUGAAAUGGCUCUCUGGCCCCACCCUGGAGUCGGUCUGGACUCGACGAUCGCUUCAGCUCAGAGGCCUGUGAUUGCUCGUCCUUCAGAGAGACCGGAAGCAGUGUGCUGACAGCUGUGUGUUGCUCAGCACUGUACGUGAUAGGGAGCGAAGGGACAGUGAGAAGCCCUGUCUGCCCUGCUAUGGGGAGUCAUCAAACUUCUGCUUCAUCAAGGGGAAGAUAAUUAAUUUAACUAGGACACAGCCCGGGAAGGGGAGGCAGCCCUUAGUUCUGGCUGGAUCCUCAGGCUCUCUCCAGCCUCACCCACCACGUUUUGUGAACUGGAGUGGCACCAUCUGGUCCCUGUGCUCACCUGUCCUCCCAACAAGGGCCUUUCCAAACACUGUUCCGUCUGCUGGGAUCGCCUUUGCCUGCCCUCUUCCCCAGCUACUCCCACGUGAGAACUCAAGUCAAGCUUUACUUCCUCAGGGCCCCCUUUCCCUCCACGGGUCUGAUCUCCCUGACUAGGCAGGGAAAGCAUCAUGUGACAACUCCUUUAAAAUGCUUGAGCCGGCUGCAGUUCUACACUUGUCCUGGGACUGAGUGACUUCUUGCUGUCCACUAGACUGUCAGCCCUCUGAGAGCAGGACCGUGGCUAUUUAUUCAGUCUCCCAGCACUAGACAGAGCCUGGCCCAUGCAGACAUUUCAGGAAGCUGGCUGAAUGAAAG